UUUUUUUAUUGGAAGGCUGACCGAUAAAAAAUCGUAAAAAAUUCCAUUAACAAGCGCAAGGAAAAGUAUUGAUGUAUUUUUUCAUUAAAGAUUAAAAAGGGAAAUUGUAUCCUACUGUGAAGCGUCGUAAAAUCAAGGGCUGUUGAAUUUUAAUGCAGUGAAAAUGUUUUAUUGAAUUCUCGAGUUGUACAUUUUGUUCGUGAAGAAAUGUAUGAAAAAUAGGGACUGACAGAUUUAUGGUAUUAAUAUUGCAGUAGACACUUUGUUCUCCUGGUGGUGAAAAUGAUAUCUGUGUUCGAGGACUUCAGAUUCAAUUCUGCUGCUGGUGGAGUCAUUAAUUGAUUGUAUCCAUGUACUUAUGUCGAUUAUUGCUGAUAAUAUACAAAUACAAUUCCAUAUUUUACGAUAUACUUUAAUUACAGUGACAUUUCGACCUGACACUUUCCGGUUUACCCCCCCGGUCAUUCGUAAAUGCCGGCUGUUACACCAAAUAGUUAUAUCGAUAGUAAAUCGACCGAGUAGUUACACCGAUGGUUAAACUCGAGAUAAUUGAAUUUUUAAUUGAAUGGCGGGCUCGCUGUCGUUCACUAGUUAUUGACACUUCAACGUUCGGACCUCGACGCAGGCAAUUGCACAUAAUAUCGUUGAACUUUUUAAAGCUCCCAGCCAAUCGACUCUAGUGAUUGAAAAUGCAGUUCUCGAUUUAUCGCUGGGCGUUCUUCGGUGUCUUCAGUAAGAUCUUUAUGGAGACUACUGCCACAAUGGAAAGAAUAUCUAGUCGAAAAUGUCAAGAGUACGCAGAGUUGGUCUAUACCAGUGAGUUGGCCCCGGUCCUGAGGAUUGGGGCAACUUCAAAUAUCGUAUCUCACUGUGGAAUCGUCGAUACCCCCCUGAUCGUCGGCGGAGUGCAGGCGAAACACCGGGAAUUUCCCCACCAGGCCAUCAUUGGCUACGGCGACGAGGUUCACUGGCAGUGCGGGGGUUCAGUUAUAUCGGAAAAUUAUAUUCUCACUGCGGCUCACUGCAUCGACUCUCGCAAUAGAGGACGUGCGUCGAAGGUUCGAGUUGGUCUUACUGACCUGAGAGAUCCCGAUCACCGCAUGCAGGAGAGGAACGUCAUUGAAACAAUUGUCCAUCCUGAUUACCACGUCCCCUCCAGAUAUAAUGACAUUGCCCUGAUCAAGCUCGACGAGCCCCUGACCUUCAACGCUGAAGUGAGACCGGCGUGUCUGGAGAUUAAUCCGACGUCGACGGGAAAGUUCAUCGCCAGUGGAUUCGGAAAGACGUCGUACGAGGCGAUUGUUGGCAGCGAUCAGCUGAUGAAGGUGACAUUAGACCACGUGACAUCCGAGGAGUGCGGAAAAAUGUUUGAGAGUGAAGUUGGAGGGAGACGGAUGACAGAAGGACUCGCUCCAAGUCAAAUAUGCGCCGGGGUAAUGGCAGGAGGCCACGACACGUGUCAAGUAUGUCACACCUGGUGUUCCCUUUUUCCUGAACUAAUGACGAAUUUCUUCAUCAGGGAGACAGCGGAGGACCGCUCCAACGAGUCCUGACCGAGCCUUAUUGUAUGUACAGUUUAGUUGGAAUAACGAGUUUUGGUAAAUUUUGCGCUUUUCAAAAUUCUCCCGCGGUCUACACUCGCGUGAGUUCGUACCUCGAUUGGAUCGAGAAA